AGGUGAGCGGAGCCAGAGUCGAGACCAGAAGCCGAGCUCGGGAUCUGACAAGAUGGCCGGGCUGCCCCGCAGGAUUAUCAAGGAAACCCAGCAUUUGCUGGCGGAACCAGUUCCUCGCAUUAAAGCAGAACCUGACAAAAGCAACGCCCAUUAUUUUCAUGUGGUCAUUGCUGGCCCCCAGGAUUCCCCCUUUGAGGGAGGGACUUUUAAACGUCAACUAUUCCUUCCAGAAGAAUAUCCAAUGGCAGCCCCUAAAGUAUGUUUCAUGAGCAAAAUUUAUCAUGCUAAUGUAGACAAGUUGGGAAGAGUAUGUUUAGAUACUUUGAAAGAUAAGUGGUCCCCAGCACUGCAGAUUCGCACAGUUCUGCUAUCGAUCCAGGCAUUGUUAAGUGCUCCCAAUCCAGAUGAUCCAUUAGCAAAUGAUAUAGCAGAGCAGUGGAAGACCAACGAAGCCCAAGCAACAGAAGCGGCUAGAGCAUGGAUAGGCUAUAUGCCAUGAAUAAUAUUUAAAAUCGAUCUGAUCAUCAAGUGUGCAUCACUUCUCCUGUUCUGCCAAGACUUCUUCCUUUUUUGUUUGCAUUUAAUGGACACAGUCUUAGAAACAUUACAGAAUAAAAGCCCAGACAUCUUCAGUCCUUUGGUGAUUAAAUGCACAUUAGCAAAUCUA